UAGUUAGAUAUUUAAGCUUUUUCUCUCACUUUCCUCCUUUUCUCAUUGGUAAUUACUUACAGUAUCUCUUAAGUGAGCGUCACCAUUUUGAACAUGUGGCCUCUUCACUGGAGACACUUUUAUUAACAAUGUGCCUCUCAUUCACCCAUUGAUGCAGACAGUGAUGGCAGCAAAGCAACCACGUAAGACCCUAAACAGUCAGGAGGAGUUUGAUUGUUGGGGUGUUGAACCACCUCUUACCGUUUCUAUUUGUUGUUGUGCAUUAGUGGCUCGUAUUACCAAAGAAAUUGUCACGUAAUCAAACUGCAAUAUCGACAACACGUCGGGGGACCUGGCUUUGUGCGUCCAUGUGAACCGUUCCGAUAUCCGACAGCACUUGAAAGCAGCAGUACCAUAGUGGGCCAGUCGAUAACAGUUUCGUGACGCGUACACCACCAGCAAACCAACGGCUGCAGUUACCGAGCCGCACUCGGGAGAAGGCGAGGGGAAUAGCGACAAAAAAGAGGCCCCCCCUGAGCAGACACGUCCUUUUUAAACAGAGGCCGCCACAAAGAGGACCCUCACAUAGGACAGCAACUAGAAACUCGCACAGACGGCGCCAUGCUGGAAUACUACCAGACAUUGGGAGUCCAGAAAAAUGCAACGCAAGAGGACAUCAAAAAAGCUUACAGAAAAUUGGCGUUGAAGUGGCAUCCAGACAAAAACCCAGACCACAAGGAGGAAGCGGAGAAAAGGUUCAAAGAGCUGUCGGAGGCAUAUGAAGUGCUCUCAGAUGAAAACAAGAGGAAUACUUACGACAGAUACGGCAAAGAAGGUCUUUCAGCGGGAGGAGGAGGAGGAGGAGGAGGGGGCCAUUAUGAUCACUUCAACGGCGGCGGCUUCACAUUCCGUAAUCCUGACGACGUCUUCAGGGAAUUCUUUGGCGGCAGAGAUCCGUUUGCAGAGUUUUUCGCUGAGGACCCCUUUGACAAUUUCUUCGGAGGCGGUCACAGUCGCCCGAGGGGCGGGAGCCGAGGCCCGAUGGCGGGGUCGGUCUUUGGUUUCGGGAGCUUCCCGAUGUUCGGGCCCGCCCUCUCAGGGUUCAAUUCAGGUUUUAGCCCGUUUGGAGACAUGGGUGGAGGAGGAUUCACAUCCUUCUCUUCUUCAUCUUUUGGUGGUGGUGGAGGAGGGGGAGGAGGAAUGGGUAACUUCAAAUCUGUGUCAACCUCCACCAAGUUCAUCAAUGGCAGGAAAAUUACUACAAAACGGAUUGUGGAGAACGGCCAGGAGCGGGUAGAAGUGGAGGAGGAGGGUCAGUUAAAGUCCCUCACAGUUAAUGACAUGGCAGCCGAAGAUCCCUCGGAGGAAGACUUUUGCCGCCGCAGACAGAAUGCACUACCUGGCCUCGGCCUGCAUCAGCGCUGCCUGAAGAACUCUGCCCAGAACCCCUCGGAGGAAGAGGAGGAACACGGCCUACAGAGCCUGGGACUAACGAGAGGACACAUGGACACGAAGAGGAAGAAACCGUGGCUAAAGGAAGCCGAGUCCAAAAAGAAAAGGGCCCCUAGACACUUCCCUCGAUUUGGUGGACUUGGUGCCUUUUAUUAAACCGCCUCAACCAAACACACACAAACAUAUAUCUGCUGGCAGAAGCGCCAUCAAUCAUACGGGGCACGAGUCCAUCAUUGCUAUGUAUCAGAGGCCCAACAUCCUCAGCAGUGCGUAGCGUAACUUCUGCCUGCAGAGACGACACUUCAAUGUUUUGUUUUAUCUUGAAUACAUUUUUAGUAGUUAAGCUUUUGCUAUUGCUGUAUUUAUGUAUUGUGGAUGGAUCAGAACUUUAAUUAAUCUCCUAUGAUUGGACUUUUCCACUUUUUGCCGCACACUCUUUUCAGAAAGUGUGUUUUGAAAGACUUCAAGUGGAAGGAGAAUCACACUCGCAGCCUUGUUUAUGAUGAGCGUGAACAUGGCUGCAUUGAUACCGCGUAGCAUCGGGAGAGUAAGUGAGGGCCAAGCUGUUUAGUGGAAGGAGGGAGAGGGAUACCUCGGGGAAUGUGAGAGUAAAUCAGAAUGAAAGCAUUGAAGAGUGAGUUUUAUUACACAAAAAAAAUGCUGAUUCGUUUAUCACACAUGAAAGCUGACAAUCAACACUCUGGAAGCAACGUUGUUUGGGUGAAAAAUAAGCUACGUCCUCGAAGUUAUUAUUUUCUUUUUUCGUAGGAUUCUUUGUACGGAGUAGAUUCAGCAACACGUUAACCUUCCGUGGGUGUUUUUGUAAAGAUAUUUCUAAAACAGAAUAUGGUUUCUCUCAUCUGAUUUGCCCUCGACUUUACUGUAAGCUGAAAUGUAGAAAUGUUCAUUUUUUUUCGAUGGACUCCUACCAAUAAAUGCUUCGAGAAAUACAA